GAAGGAAAACUUAAAAGAAGUACAACUCGGAGGGAAAGCAAUUCUACAAAAACAACUUGGAAUUGCUGUCUAAGAUAAGCUCCAUCUGUAUUCUCCCUCACGUUUCACAAACGGAACUUUUUGUGUGGCAAAUGGUAGAGAGCUAAUGUGAUAACUUACCUGUUUCAUCCAAUAUUCCUGUCUGUGUGGAUAUCUAUGGUACAUAACCAAUACUGCGAGCUACAACGUCAUACAAGUCCUGACAUCAUGAACCAUACCUUAGGUGACAGCAGGUGCAUGGAUCAGCUCAGUGUCGCCCAAGAGGACCAAGACAAGGAAUACGUGGGUUUUGCGACCUUACCAAACCAAGUUCAUCGUAAGUCAGUCAAAAAGGGUUUUGACUUCACCUUGAUGGUAGCAGGAGAAUCUGGCCUGGGGAAGUCAACCCUGGUGAACAGCUUGUUUCUUACUGACCUCUACAAGGACAGAAAAUUCCUAAAUGCAGAAGAGCGGAUAACACAGACAGUGGACAUUAUCAAACAUACUGUGGAUAUUGAAGAAAAAGGAGUAAAACUAAAACUAACAAUUGUUGACACUCCUGGUUUUGGAGAUGCAGUCAAUAAUGCUGAAUGUUGGAAACCGAUAGCAGAUUACAUUGAUCAGCAGUUUGAGCAGUACUUCAGAGAUGAGAGUGGCUUAAACCGGAAAAACAUCCAGGAUAACCGUGUUCACUGCUGCCUUUAUUUCAUUUCCCCAUUUGGACAUGGUCUUCGCCCUCUGGAUGUGGAGUUCAUGAAAGCACUGCACGAGAAAGUCAACAUUGUUCCAGUACUAGCCAAAGCAGACACUCUCACACCAUCUGAAAUCAGUAGGAAGAAACAGAAGAUACGGGAGGAAAUUGAACACUUUGGUAUAAAAAUCUACCAGUUCCCAGACUGUGAUUCAGAUGAAGAUGAAGAGUUCAAACAGCAAGACCAGGAACUAAAGCAAAGCAUUCCAUUUGCAGUAAUUGGCAGUAACACGGUAGUAGAAGCAAAAGGGAAACGGGUUCGAGGACGCCUCUAUCCCUGGGGCAUUGUAGAAGUAGAGAAUCAGUCACAUUGUGACUUUGUGAAACUGAGGAAUAUGUUGGUACGAACACAUAUGCAAGACUUGAAGGACGUAACUCGGGACACUCACUAUGAGAACUAUCGGGCUCAGUGCAUCCAAAGUAUGACCAGAAUGGUGGUGAAGGAACGUAACAGGAAUAAGCUGACAAGAGAGAGUGGAACAGACUUUCCAAUUCCCAUAGUUCCUGCUGUGACAGAUAUAGAGACAGAAAAACUUAUUCGGGAGAAAGACGAGGAGUUACGGCGGAUGCAGGAAAUGUUGCAGAAGAUACAGCAGCAAAUAACUACCAAACAGGAUGUCUUUUAGGCCUUUCUUCACCUUUCAUGCUCUUAUUGCCAUUCAGGGAUAUGAGACGUUUACAUUGUCUUUCCCCACAAAAUGUCAGAUCCUGUUGUUUACUGUAGCACAACACAGCAAAAUCCAAAUCACCUGCUUUGCCUUUACCCCAUGGGACCAUCACUCUGUGAUUUUGACAGAAUAUAAGCCAGGAAAGAUACUUGAGAAGCCAAUGAAGUUCUUUAUGCGUUUCUUUUCUUUCCUUUUUUUUUUUUUUUAGCUAUGUUGCUGGAAUGGUACUGUACAAGACAUGACCUAGGAAAAAGUAGAGAGGAAAAAAAAGCCUUACUAAAAAUGAUGACUGAAGUGGAAAUGUCAUUUGUGGUUCUCAUAACACCAUGGUCUAUGCAUUUGUCAGUCUAACUGGUUAUCUUGAGGUGUUUAAUGUGUUUUUCUUUUCCUUUAUUUGUAAUUCUGUUUUAUCAAUAAGCAAAUCUUAAUUUUGCUACAUCUGCAACAAUUCCACUUAAACUGUAACAGUGUCACCUUAGAUGCAAGAAAUAGAUGUGAAAGAUGAUAUAACACUCAGACAUUUGACUUCUCUCGUCUACAACCAUAAAAAGCUUAUAAUGAGUACAGUAAAACUGAUGCACACACAGCACACUCAGCUUGAUUCUAUUUUGCCCUUACACGUGACAUCUGUGCAUAAAGUAUUGGUUAUAAUAAAGUGACUCAACUGACACAAGGCAAACCUAGAGCCUCUUAAUGGGAAAGAAUGGUGCCCCAGUCCUGAGUCCCCCAAAUUGUGCCCUGAAAGCAGGACAGAUCCAAAGCAAAAUUCUUACAAAGUUCCCCUUUAGUUUUCUCAAGUGUUUGUCAUAUUGCUCAUUACAAAAAGAAGGUAUAAAUUCAAACAUUUUAUGAUAUAUGGCUGAGUGAAGGGCCACUUUUGGUAUGACAAAGUCACCGUUGUAAGAUACAAGACAUAAGAGAUAUUUCAUUCAUGUUUCAAUAAAAAGACAAUGAAUCAAGCUUGCUGUGAGCCAGCUUAACUAAACUGACGUCUAUUAAUAUCCCUAAUGAGUCACAUGUUUAAAGUUCAGUGAAUAUCAUACAUCAAUUUCCCAAAUGUGGACAGGUUUUGUCUUAUCAUAAUGUUACAUUUGCCUUCUCUUGCAGUAAUGAUUAGGAUGACCAACAGCCUAAAAUAUUAUUUAUUUGCAGUAGCAUACCUUUGCUAUUAAAAUAUUGAUUUCAAACUCUAUGCACUUCAAAAUGCUAUUCUAAUAAAGUUUGUUUUGUAAAACACGUGAA